UAUGGAAAUUGUAUCAUUGGUGAGUCACCUAUCUGUCAAUGUGAAGAAGGAUUCAAGCAUAACUGUAUAAGUCACCAGAUACAUGGAACCCAGAUGAGUGGUCUAAGGGAUGUGUACGUAUUACCCAACUGAGCUGCCAGGAUAAAGAUAAAAUUGGGUUUGUUAAAUUUGUUGGGCUCAAAAUGCCAGAUACCACGUAUUCCUGGGUGAACGGAAGUAUGAAUCUUAAUGAGUGCAGAGUCAAAUGUUUCGACAAUUGUUCCUGUACGGCUUAUGCAAACUCAGAUGUUAAAAAUGGAGGAAGUGGGUUGCACCAUGUGGUUUGGAGAUCUAAUUGAUAUUAGACGGGUUGCAGCUAAUGGGCAGGAUGCUUAUAUGCAGGAUGUAUAUAUUCAAAUGCUUGCUUCAGAGCAAGUCAAUCCUAAAGAGGUGAAAGACAAGAAAAAGAUGAAGGUGAUAGUGAUAGUUGUUGUUGCAAUUGCCGUAGUUUUUGGGGUGCUCUUGAUUACCUACUGCAUUUGCAAAAGGACAAACUUCAGAGCCCAUCAUGAUCUCAGCAGAGAAAUUGGAGAAUAAUGUGAUGAUAGACCAUAACAUUAAAGGCCAAAGUGAAGACGUGGAGGUCACAUUCUUCACCUUAGCUACCAUAGCCAUUGCCACUAACAACUUUUCAAGUAAUAACAAGCUUGGUGAAGGUGGCUUUGGACUUGUAUAUAAGAUCAAACAAGAGCUAAAGUUUUGGGUUGGUCUAUGCACUUCAACUUUAUUUGUGGGAUUGUGCGAGGGCUUCUCUAUCUUCACGAAGAUUCUAGAUUGAGGAUUAUACAUAGAGGCCUCAAAGCAAGCAAUGUUUUACUUGAUAGUAAGAUGAAUCCAAAAAUUUUUGACUUCGGUAUGGCUAGAAUUGUUGGUGGAGAUUAGACUGAAGGAAACACAAAUAGAGUGAUUGGAACAUAGUACGUAUUCUCAACAUGUUUUAUUGUUGACAAUUUUUUUUAAUCAAAUAUUUUCAUACUUAAUGAUGUUUUUGCAAUGUUUAUAUGGCACCCGAAUACAUCAUUGAUGGCAUAUUUUCAGUAAAA